CAAUAGAGUUCUAUCAAGAAAGAACUUUUUUAUGUUUAAACAACAGAAAGAUAAAGUUCAAAUAUCGUGUUUAUCUGUUAGCGAUUUUUAGGAUUGUAAUCAACAAAUUCAAUCUAAAACGUAAUACGCAUUGAAGUAGUUACAGUCCUAAGUAGUCGUUCAUUCUAACUAUUUUCCUCAUAUACGUACACUCCUUUCUCUACAAAGAAAAGGUUUCUCUUAGUCUCAUUCAUGAAGAUCUUUUCCAUUUUGACGUGCAUUCUGGCCACAUGGUUUGUGGUAAACGCACAGUCACCGGAAAAUCGUCCAUCGCCAUCGCCAUCACCAUCACCAUCACCAUCUUCACCUUCUACCGCGCCAACGGCAGAUUGCUUAACAAUUAUGAUGGACAUGAUGCCUUGUUUGAAUUUUUUGGAGGCUGGUAGUGAUCUUACAAUGCCAGACCCUUCUUGCUGUUCAGGGUUUAAACAGGUAUUGAAUGCCGAUCCUGAUUGUAUAUGUGUUGCUUUGGCGAAGAGUGCUAGUUUUGGUAUAAUUGUUAACAUGACUCAAGCUGCCGCUUUACCUUCUGAUUGUGGCGUUUCCGCUCCACCACUUACUAAUUGUAACAGUACCAGUACCCCUCCAAGUGCCUCUCCUGUUAAUCCUCCAACUGAACAGCCAGCAGCAUCUCCAAUUUCAGAAUCACCUGCUACAGCACCAAGUGUUGAUGAAGCUCCAGUUGAAGCUCCUAAUGCAGAGUCCAGUACUGGCUCCACCAUUAAUCCUACUGCUUCCUUCUUAAUGCUUCUAGUUAUAACUGCAGCUUCCGUUGCAUUCUCUAUUAUGGUAGCAUAAUAAUUAUAUUCUCAAUAUUAUGUAGCUUAUAUCUAGUGUUUAUUCUUUUGUUCUAUUGGCUAGACGUCUUUUAUUUCAAGCACUAGUUUUAUCGUAAUUAGAGAAAUAUAGUGUUUCCCUCAGUUAGCUAAACAUCUUUUAUUUUCAAUCAGUAGCUUUGUGGU